UCCUAAUAUAAGAUUAUCUUAAAAAAUUACAAUCAAACAUAACUGGAAAAUAAAUAAACAAAGUAAGAGCAAAUAAAAAAAUACUAACAAAUAAUUCAUAUGUCACUUUUUUUAUCCUCAAGUUAAGAAAUCUAAAUGUAAACUUCCUUAAAAGAUUAAGAAUACUUUGGGUUGAAAUUAAAAAAACAAAUGGCUAAAAUAAAAAAUACAAAAAGCAAGCAAUUUAAAAGCCAGAAUUUAAUUAUUGUGCCAAUUUAUCAAAAUAGACAUAUUCUAAACCAUCAAUUUAUAAUUUAAGGAUAUGUUUAAAUAGAAACCUAAUACAGAGAUUUCUCAAGCAUUUACGAAUAAGAAUUAGUACCAAUAUAUAAAUAAAAUCUAUCUAUCAACUCUAUUGUUAACAAUUAUAAAUAAAAAUAAAUAGAGUUAAAUAUUGAAAGUAAAUAUGGAAGCGGAUUAAAAGAUUUUUAAUUUUUGAUUGAUUAUUUUAACUAAAGUAGCGAUAUCAGAUUAAAAGAAUUAGGUGAAUAAAUGCAAAUUUAUCAGAAUUAUGUAAAUCAAAAAUAACUAUAUUGGUAAUAGUAAAGUGUUAAACUAAAAGCCAGAAUUAUAAGUCAAGAAGACAUUCAGUAGGCAUUAUAUAAUUAUGAAUAGUACAUCGAUGAAUACACUAAAUAGCAUUUCAAGGAAGAUGACCUUCUGCUCAUAGGAAUAUUUUCUGCAGAUUUUGAAGAAGGAGAUCUUCAAAUAAAAAAAUAUAAAGUAAGCUACUCUGUUUUUGAUGCAGUAGGUAUCUGUAUUAAUAACCCUUCUUAAUAUGAGAUUUUGCAAUAAAUCACUUAAGUUUCAAGACUCUUGGGUAAAGAGAGGAUUGAAGAGGCAAUCUUAAAAUUUAAAUUUUUUGGAUAAUCAAAGGGCAGUGUGAUCUUUGAGUAGCCUUUAGUUACCUCAGAUCAAAUACAUUUGAAUGUCACGUUUAAAGUUUAAUUUAUUGAUUGGCCUGAAAAACCUGAAUUUUUAUAAGACGAUGAUUUGGUUGGAUAUGUAUUAUAAAUUUAAAUAUCACCAGAGCAACUAUAAAAAUUAAAAGAGGUAAGAGCAAACCAAAAUGAUUAAACUCUAAGCUCAAUUCCGUCUUAGACUAAUUUUGAAUCUGAAAUCUACUCUGAAAUUUUCAUUGAAAAGUAUUAUUCAGAUUAAAAAGCUGCUGCAAAAUAAAAAAAAAUUAAAAAAUAAAAUUACUGA